CUUUAAUUAUUAGUACUUACUUGCACCUUACGACGGUCUUCUACAUUAUUCUUCUUCUCGUCGGCGAUCAAAACUUAACGGUGACGAAACAAACUUAACAGAUAUGAAGAUAUUUGUGAAAACACUCAAAGGCUCUCACUUUGAAAUCCAAGUCAAACCUGAAGACACGGUUGCCGAUGUGAAGAAGAACAUAGAAACGGUUCAGGGUUCAGAUGUUUAUCCUGCUGCCCAGCAGAUGCUUAUCCACCAGGGGAAGGUACUUAAAGAUGGGACAACACUGGAAGAAAACAAAGUUGGUGAAAGCAACUUUAUAGUAGUCAUGCUAACGAAGAGUAAGAGCUCAUCUGGAGAAGGUUCAGCAACGUCAACUGCAGCAACAGCUAAGACGCCACAGUCAAGUACCCCAGCACCUAGUUCAACUCCUGCAUCUACAGCUGCUCAAGUCCCAGUUGCAUCGCCUGCGGCGGCUCCCUCCCCUGCGCCAGCGGCUCCCUCCCCUGCGCCGGUGGCUCCCUCCCCAGCGCCAGCGGCUCCCUCCCCAGCGCCAGCCCCUGCCCCAGCUUCUGCUCCUGCAUCAACUGUUGUGCCGGGAUCUGAUGUCUAUGGCCAAGCUGCUUCUAGCUUGGUUGCUGGUAACAACCUUGAUGGAGCAAUUCAGCAGAUUCUUGACAUGGGCGGUGGAACAUGGGAUAGGGAGACAGUUGUUCGAGCCCUACGGGCAGCUUUUAACAAUCCCGAGAGGGCUGUUGAAUACUUGUACUCUGGUAUCCCUGAGGCGGCAGAGGUUCCUCCUGUUGCCGGAAGUCCACCCAGCGUGCAGGCAGGAAAUCAGCCGGCGGCUCAGCCGGAACCUGCAGCACAACCAGCACCUGUCCCUGCAGGCGGACCCAAUGCUGAUCCUUUGAAUCUCUUUCCUCAGGGUCUUCCCAGUGUGGGAUCUAAUACUGCCGGUGCAAACACCUUAGACUUCCUAAGGAACAGUCAGCAGUUCCAAGCUUUACGGGCGAUGGUUCAGGCCAAUCCACAGAUUUUGCAGCCCAUGCUUCAGGAGCUAGGCAAACAGAAUCCCCAUCUAAUGAGGCUUAUACAGGAGCAUCAGGCUGAUUUUCUUCGCCUUAUCAAUGAGCCUGUUGAAGGAGGAGAAGGCAACAACAUAUUGGGCCAGCUUGCAGGAGCAAUGCCACAGGCUAUAUCCGUAACACCCGAAGAGCGUGAAGCCAUAGAACGUCUAGAGCAAAUGGGCUUUGAUCAUGACCUUGUACUGGAGGUUUUCUUUGCCUGCAACAAAAAUGAAGAACUUGCUGCUAACUACCUCUUAGAUCACAUGCACGAGUUUGAGGAGUGAAAUGGAGGCUGGAUGGCUCUUUUGUGUAGCUUCCCUUGCCUCCCUCUCUUGGCCCCACGGCAAACUUAAGUUCCAUAUCCAUGUUGUGGGUUCUAUGCUAUUCGAGUGCCGGAGUGGAGUGAACUGGAAAACCAUAACCAAGUUAUCCUCUUUUUUUCUGUUCUCCCAGUCUAGUCUUGGACCCCAUUAGAAUUGUUCUUAUACAUAGUUUGUCAUUUUGUCAAUCCUUCCCCCCUCUAUCCCCCACUCAAAAAAAAAAAAAAAAAAAGAAUCUUUUCUUUGUUGAAACUCUUAGACUGUUUAGCCUAGUUAUAAACUUUUCAAUGUGGAUGGUCAGAAGCUAUUGGUAUUUGCAUGCUUUUCCAUUUAAAA